AUGACAGAUUACCCUCGAACAGAGCAUUAUCAAAGGGCUCCACACACCAAUUAUAACAAUCAAGUCUACAAUAACUUGGAAAAUAGCUAUAUGCCAACUCAGGAAACAAAUUACGACACAUCUGAGUUAAAUACAGCCCGUGUAAAUAAUAUGAACGGUCACACAUCUCACCCGCCAGUCGCAACUUAUCAAACAAAUGGUCAUGGGUUCUCUAUGAAUUAUGGAAAUCCUUUAUCAGAAAUUUCGACAUACCAAACUAAUAACUUACCGCGAAAUGGGCCGAAUGGGAUUUCGGUGAACACUACUAAUCUUCCAUUAUCCAAUAUGAGUAUAAUUAACACAAGUUCCGGAAGAAUUAUUUGUGUGGCAAAUGCCGAAGGUAACAUCUCCAUAAUAAAUAAGCUUGCCGACGAAACAGGCGCCACUGCAGUUAUCCAUACUGGUGAUUUUGGAUUUUAUGAGAAAGAGAGUUUAGAGCGGAUUAGCGAUAGGCAAGAAUUAAUUUUCGUACAACUCUUUUUGUUCAUCAACGAUCAAUAA